AUGGGCCGCCGCCUGAAACAAGGCCACGCCGUUGUUGACCUCCCCCCCCCCCCUCACCCCCCUCACCCCCCAUCCACAGGGAACUAUGGCUUCAUGGACCAGAUGGCAGCUCUGCAGUGGGUCCAGAGGAACAUCCACGUGUUCGGGGGAGAUCCUGAGAAGGUCACCAUAUUGGGACAGAGCUCUGGGGGCACGUCGGUGUGGGUCUUGAUGACGUCCCCGCUGGCGACGGGUCUGUUCCGUGCGGCGGUGGACAUGAGCGGCUCGUCCGUCCUCAACGCGUCUCUGCAGCGCGCCGAGUCCGGCAACCGGGCCUUCCUGCAGAAGACGGGCUGCAGGGACCGGGUCUGCCUCCACCGGCUGUCAGUCAGACAGGUGCUGCAGGCCGUCCCGUGGCAGGACUACCCGUCCUGGGCCGCAGAAGACUUGAUGGAUCUCCCCACCAGGGGGCGCUUCGUCGGCCCGGUCGCCGUGGUGGACGGCGACGUCCUGGAAGCUCCGCCUUUGGAGGUGUGGGCGGAGCAGAAGAAAGGAGGCCACAGUGACGUUCCCUUCGUGGUGGGGAGCACGGAGCAGGAGGUGGACUUCAGCCCGCCGGCGGCCAACAUCUCCGCGUGGACUUGGGGGGACUACGAGUGGUUUGUGACAGAGAAACUUCAGUCCUUCAGUGAGGAUCUCCCCGAGGAGGCGUUGAAGCUGUAUCCAAGCUCCGCCCACUGCCCCACCACAGACCGCUGUCCGGAGAGGGCCUACACCACCAUGGGGUCCGACAUCAGGGUCACCUGCCCCAACAACCACCUGGCCUGGAGGGCUGCAGCGGCCCUCGACAGUCCCGUGUACCGGUACGUGGUGACGCACACGCCGUCCGGGCCCCUCAGCGCGUUGUUCUCCGGACGCUUCUCGUUCUCCGGACGCUUCUCGUUCUCCGGACGCUUCUCGUUCUCCGGACGCUUCUCGUUCUCCGGUCUGGACGCCGUGGCGUUCUUCGGCGGGCUGGAGCUGGUUCUGGGGAAGCCGCCUUCGGACCGGGACUCCAGCUUCCAGGACGUCCUCACGCGUCACCUGGUCGGCUUCGCCAAGACAGGUAAGAUGGCGGCUGAGUGGCCAGAAUACCCAGAAGCCACUGCUCUCCUGUCUGACCGGCUGACGCUGGUCCAGAACUACUCGUCCACUCGGUGUCAGCUGUGGAAGGAGAACGGGCUGUACGCGUACGCCUGGACCAACUGA